UCACCGCCAUAUUGGAUAAACUACCAGUGGACGGUGGGGUGGGAGGGAGAGUGGAGGCUGAGGGAAACACUGAAAUAUUGCUUAUAUGUCGCUAAAUUGGUUAUGGUAUAGUUGUCAUUUACCAGAUAUUUAAAAAAAUAAAUAAUAAUAAUCGUCAAAAAAAAAUAAAAAAUAAUUGGGAGUCCGUAGCUGUAUGUAUCGGAGGGGGGAAAUUUAAAGUGGUUUUCAAAAAUCACGGCAGGGUAGUGAGGGACCGAGUCGAGCCGGGUGUUUUUUCCUUCCCCUUUCGUUGCUUGUUGGAACUUGUAGACAUGACUUCCCUGAUACAGCGGAGCUCGGGCCUAGUGCAGAGACGGACCGAGGCCUCCCGUACGGCUGCCGCCGACAACGACCGAGGGUCCGGGGAUGACGACCUCGAGCCCCGCCGCCGCUGCAGCGGGGAAGAACAAGAGGAACCGGACAAAGGAGACUCCAAAGAAACUCGACUCACCUUGAUGGAAGAAGUACUACUCUUGGGAUUAAAGGACCGCGAGGGCUACACGUCGUUCUGGAACGACUGCAUCUCGUCGGGGCUGCGUGGCUGCAUGCUCAUAGAGCUGGCCAUCAGAGGACGACUACAGCUGGAGACCUGUGGCAUGAGGAGGAAAAGCCUGCUCGCCAGGAAGGUGAUCUGUAAGUCAGAUGCUCCGACAGGGGACGUGCUAUUGGACGAGGCUCUCAAACACGUGAAGGAGACCCAGCCCCCAGAGACGGUGCAGAGCUGGAUUGAGCUGCUCAGCGGUGAGACGUGGAACCCUCUGAAGCUUCACUAUCAGCUGAGGAAUGUGAGGGAGCGCCUGGCCAAGAACCUGGUGGAAAAGGGCGUGCUGACCACGGAGAAACAGAACUUCCUCCUCUUCGACAUGACCACUCAUCCGCUCACCAACAACAACAUCAAACAACGACUCAUCAAGAGGGUUCAGGAGGCCGUUUUGGAGAAAUGGGUCAACGACCCGCACCGCAUGGACAAGCGGCUGCUCGCCCUCAUCUUCCUGGCCCACUCGUCUGAUGUCCUGGAGAAUGCCUUUUCCCCUCUGCUGGACGACCAGUAUGACCUGGCCAUGAAGAGAGUACGACAGCUCCUGGACCUGGAGCCAGAGGGGGAGAGCACGAAGACCAACUCCAAUGAGUUGUUGUGGGCCGUGGUGGCCGCCUUUAUCAAGUGACCUGCCACCUUCGGACAACAGAGGGUUGGGUUGGUUAAUGACGAUGGUGGUGGGUAUGGUGUGAAGGGAGAGGGAGACGACAGAACGGUUUGCGUGGGACAGAGAGGAGUCCUGACUUGAGUUCACCUCUGCCUAGGCUUUUCUGAACAGAAUAGACCGCUCCAGACCUGUCCAGCGAUUUUCCUGUUUUCUUUCCUUGUAGAUAACUCUCUCACUCUUUCCUCCAUCAUGUAGAUAACUCACUCUCUCCUUCCUCUAUAUUAUUUUGUGUCUCUGCGAGAUGCAAUUCAAUCGCUGACUUCUACAACAACAACAAAAAAACACAAACAAAAACUCCCGUCUGAUGGAGAAACGUUUUGGAUACUGGACUGACUGAAAUAAUGAAGAUUCAAUCAUCUUCCUCUUCCUCAGAAAUGUCUUUCUUCAAUGUAUGUUAUGUAUUCAUUUAUUCUCUCUAGGCUCUAACUCACUUUAACAUGGAUUAAUCCACUGUUGUUCAGUGAUGUACAUACAGAUUCCAUGUACAUGAAACAUAGUAACACUAUAUGAAUACUAGAGAAUUAUUAUUAUUAUUUUCUUUUGGGGGGGGUGGGGGGGGUUGAUUUCCUCUCCAACGUGAUCAUGACGACAUGGUCUGAAGUUUCCUGUUUCUGAUUUUACACUUUUAAGUUUUAUGAACAAAUGUUUCUCUCGUGAAGAUGGUUGGGUUCCAGGUAAAUGUGAGAGAUCGGGGCUCCGUCUGAGUUCUACCUUACUACAUAUAUAUAUAUAUAUAGAUAGUUAACUUAGUGUCGUAGUGUACUAUAUAGGGAAUGGUCUCUGUUAAUUUCUUUCUUUGGACCAGGGCCCACUAGUGCACUAUAGAGGGAACAGGGCCC